AUGAAUCCUCUAGGGAACAAGCUUUUCGGAGAGGUGGAUACCACCGCAAUGCCACCUCUUCCUCUAAGACCAAAGUCGAUGGCAAUCAAUGGCUUCACGAUCACCACUCAAAAACUUCCGAUACUGAAGGCAGAGCCCAUAGAGAAGAUGACGAAGGAUUUAGGGGUCGCCCCGCCGGAAAUGAUUUUCGGAGACAAUUUUGUGGAGAUCGAGCAUGAGGGAACCCCUUGGAAAAUUACAUUCAAUGCUUUUGAUGCUUUGGAUCGGGUUGAUAAAUCUGGCGAGUCCAUGCUACAAGUUGCCUACUCAAAACAAUGGCAAAGGAGCAGGGAAAAGACUCAUGAGGGAAUCAAGGACAUUGUCAAGCCCUUCGACUGGUCAUACAGCACGGAUUACACAGGGACACUUGGCCCUGGUAGUCGACCAUUCGAGGCAACGACCAGACGUAUACCAACUGAUUUGCUCAAGCGACCAGAUCCGAUCAUGUUCUAUGAUGAUGUUAUUCUUUAUGAAGACGAAUUAGCUGACAAUGGGAUCGCCAUGUUCUCAUGUAAGAUACGCGUUAUGCCGGCCCGACUCUUGUUGCUCGCCCGAUUCUUUUUGAGACUCGAUAAUGUUCUGCUUCGACUCAGGGAUACUAGGGUCUAUAUUGAUUUCACUACUGGGGAAGUAAUACGAGAAUAUCAAUCUAGGGAAUGUGAUUAUGAAACGGUGAGACAGGCUCUGGCCUGUACAAGGGACGAUGUUCCAGCCGCUAUGAGAGACCCCACCAGGCUUUCAGACUUUUUGCCUGUUAUUGAGACACGUCUGGAAAGGACUGUCCUGAAGUCAAAUGACCAAUCUGAGUCGGAGAUCGAGUCUAUUCCCCUUUCUGGUCCAUCUUAG